GAAUUCUGUUGACCUCCGAAUUUGGUUGGGAACCAGACGCGUCAACAGAUGCUGUCUCCACUCAUCUCCAAGCACGUAUUACACUACAUAUAUCAACGAAUUUCGUGCACACUUUAUAGUGAAUAUUACUCAAUAUGGAUGAGCUCUUCCAAGAAAUAUAAUAUCAGCAGCUGGCUAGUUUGUUAAUAUUGGGUAUUUAACAAGCACGAAUGCUGAUAUGCAGUCACAUGGAGAUUUCUUUGGCUUUAUAUUUGCCUCUUAUACACAAAAUCAACUGCUUAUUUUUUGCAAAAAUUGUGUUUGUAAAACCCAAAUCAAUCUUAAAGCAGAUUUAGCAAAAAAAGAACACUUUUUUUCAACAUUUUGGGCUUUUCCAGUCGUUUGGAACAGUGACUCCAAUUUUUGCAGGCCCAAAAUAUCUUGAACGUGCAGAAGAAUUCAGACCCAUUUUUGAACGGACAUCCACCGAAACCCUUCUAAUUGUUCCUCGGUCUUUCUCCUGCGCCACCGCGACUAUGUUAUCCCGCUGGAGAAUUCAAUCCUAUCGCUCCGUCUCCACGGCUAAACCCUCAAUCCUCCACCUAUUCGCCACAGCUGCUGCUGAAGAUGACAUCUUCAAAUCCCACCACCACCUUUCCACCAUAAAAUCCAAAUCCCAGCUCCUCCAAUCCUACACUGUCACGCCCCCAAUUAAGCCCUGGCCCCAAAAACUAUCACACAAACGCCUCGUCUCUAUUAUCACCCGCCAACAAAACCUCGACCUUGCCCUCCAAAUAUUCAACCACGCCGGUAAAUAUCACCCCAAUUUUCACCACAAUUACGAUACCUACCACUCCGUCAUUCACAAACUCUCCCGCGCCCGUGCUUUUGAACCCGUAAAUGCCCUUUUGAAUGAUCUCCUUCAUUCCAAUAUCAAAUGCGGGGAGAACUUAUUCAUCACAUUGAUCAGGAACUACGGAAUUGCUAGUAAACCGAAAGAAGCCCUUAAAACCUUCAUUCGUAUCAAGGAUUUUGGUGUACAAAGGUCAGUUCGAUCCUUUAACACCCUUUUAAACUCGUUGGUUCAGAACAAGAAAUACGAUUCUGUUUACAUAUUGUUUAAGAAUUGCCAGAGAAAGUUUGGCAUCGUGCCUAAUGUGUUUACUUGUAACAUAUUAUUGAAGGCUCUGUGUAAAAGGGAUGAUAUUGAGGGUGCUGUUAGGCUUAUGGAUGAAAUACCAGCAAUGGGAAUGGUUCCCAAUGUUGUCAGUUAUACGACUAUUUUAGGUGGGUAUGUGACACGAGGUGAUAUGGUAGGGGCGAAGAGAGUGUUUGAUGAGAUUUUGGAUAGAGGGUGGUUGCCUGAUGCAACCACAUACACAGUUUUGAUGGAUGGAUUUUGUAAGCAAGGAAGGUUUGUUGAAGCAACGAAAGUGAUGGAUGAGAUGGAGGAGAAUGGGGUUGAGCCAAAUGAUGUUACUUAUAGUGUCAUGAUUGAGGCUUUGUGUAAGGAAAAGAAGUCUGGGGAAGCUGUUAAUUUGGUUAGUGAUAUGCUUGAUAAACAGUAUAUACCAAGCUCAGCAUUAUGUUGUAGGGUGAUUGAUGUCUUGUGUGAGAAAGGGAAGGUUCAGGAUGCGUGUGAGUUGUGGAAGAAGUUGUUGAUAAAGAAUUGUACUCCAGAUAAUGCAGUAUCGAGCACUCUUAUACAUUGGCUUUGUAAGGAAGGGAAAGUUUGGGAAGCGCGGAAGUUGUUUGAUGAGUUUGAGAGAAGUACAAUACCUAGUUUGUUGACGUUUAAUACUCUUAUUGCCGGGAUGUGCGAGAGAGGGGAGUUGUGUGAGGCAGGCAGGUUGUGGGAUUAUAUGGUGGAGAAGAAAUGCACCCCAAAUGCUUUUACUUAUAACAUGAUGAUCAAGGGGUUUUGUAAGGUAGGUAAUGCAAGGGAAGGGAUUGAAGUCUUGGAGGAGAUGUUGGAUAAAGGCUUAUUGCUGGACAAGUCCACUUAUUCUAUCUUAAUUGAAGGGCUCUGCAAUUCAAAAUGUGAAGCAGAAGUUUGCAGGGUGCUUUCUGUGGCUGCUUCUAGUAAUCAGAGAAUUGAUACUGAUUCUUGGGGAAUUCUAUUGGCUAAUAUAGUUUCCAAUGUUGAUAAGGGAAGGGUUCUUUUAGAAAGAAUAUUGCUAGAGAAUGCUAUGUAGAGUUGUUUGAAGUGCUGUUAAUAUUGCUGUCAUAGGUCCUUUCGUAGGAUUGAGCAGAGAUAUUCAAAGGUCCUACUAGAGAAUAUAAUCAACAAUGCCCGUUUCAUUGGAAUUGCCUUUUCAAAGGAAGUGUCCAUAGGAGAGUUGAGUAUGGGAGAGAAUAAGGUCAGUAGUAGAGCUGCAGCUCAGAGUUUACGUGGGUUCCUUGCUGAGCACGAUAGCUCCACUCAUUGGCUCGGGGCUGCUAUUAUGUUUUUGAUACUUACAGGUUGCACAGGAGCAUCUAGGAAUAAGAUCAGAAGUGAAACUUAAUAUGUCUUGAACAUUUAUCAAACUAACUGAAAAUCAAGUUCCGCAAAUUCUGCUGCCUCUGUGGUUAAGAAAGGAUAUGAAUAUGCACUCUGCAUCCAAGGCUGCAGAAUUCGUAAAUUUGGCCCAAACUUGGGGUUCUUAAGCUGAACAUGUACUAUAGAAUUAAGAUGAUAGGUGUUGCAAAUCCACAUCUACAGUGUAAAGAUGAUAAGGUCUAGUGAGGACCGUUCUUUCCUGACUCACAUUGCCUUCUACUACGGUUCUGAGCUGUGUCAGCCUUUGAGAGGUUGUAACAAAUCUUCUCAGAUUAACACUAUAGUGCGGUCAGUAGAUCUUGUCCAAGUUGUUGGUAAGGCAUGUCUCUAUGCUUUUAUCGAAUUAUAUUUCACUUCCCGAUGGAUUAAAAUUUGACUCCAAAUCUUUUUAAUAAAAUUUGGCCUGUGCGUUUAGGGAGUUCAUAUUCCUCAAAAUGGAGUUUCAAAUAUAUGUAAGGAGAGGUGGUUUAGGGGCCAUUGAAGGCAUUAACAAAUGUUCAGGGAGGUAGGCAAAAGCUAAUGAAAUCCAAUGGAGAUAAAAGAUGCACAGAACUGAUACGAGGUACCAUAUCCACAACUGUCCAGAAUAUAAAUUCUUAACAGAUAAGCAAUUACCACAAGAUUCAUUGUGAUUAUGCCACUUGGAAUUUGUAGAUAGGCUGCCGCAGUGAAAAAAUUUCUUGAUUAUUUAUAAACGUAGUGUGUGUAUAUAUAUAUAUAAUA